CCGUCCGUUGCGCGGCCAGCAGGAGGCGCCGCGGCGCGUGCAGGUCCUCGGCACCGGCUCCCGCUAACUGCGGGUGUGGGAGCCGCGCGCGGACGCGGCGGCGGCGGCAGCGAAGGGCAGCGUUGGGGACCCCAGCCUCUCCCCACCUUUUGGCUGAAGACUUGGUCCUGCCCAUGCAGAUGUGCCCACCAUGUUUUAUGGGACUCACUUCAUCAUGUCUCCACCCGCCAAGAGCAAGCUGAAGCGACAGAGCCAGCUGCUGUCCAGUGUGCUGUCCCGGACACUGAGCUACAAGUACAGGGACCUGGACUCCAGUUUCUGCAGUCUGGGUGCCAGUGAUGACCCCGCAGAGCUUUCCACCCAGCUCUCGGCCCCUGGUGUCCUGAAGGUGUUUGGGGACAGUGUCUGCACUGGCACACACUACAAGAGUGUCCUGGCCACUGGCACCUCCAGUGCCCAGGAGCUAGUGAAGGAGGCCCUGGAGCGCUAUGCCCUGGACCCUGCGUGUGCCAGCCAGUACGUGCUGUGCGACGUGGUAGGCCAGGCUGGGGCUUCCGGACAGCGGUGGCAGGCCCAGUGCUUCCGGGUCUUCGGAGAUAAUGAGAAGCCCUUGUUGAUCCAGGAGUUAUGGAAACCCCGAGAAGGUUUAUCCCGGAGGUUUGAGCUGAGAAAGAGGUCGGACGUGGAAGAGCUAGCAGCCAAGGACGUGGACACCAUCACGGCAGGGAUAAAUGCCCAAGCCCGGAGACUGCAGCGGGUUCGUGCCAAGGGAACCCCGGCCUUGGUCCCAGGGGCUGCCGGGAGCUCCCCUCCACCCCGCCUGCGCCGCACUGUCAGUGAAACCAGUCUGAGCCCGGCCACCACCCUGCCUGACGCUGCCCCAGGGCCUGAGGAGCCCAGCCAGGACACCAUGCGCGACUCCCUGUACCAGUCGCCACACCUGCUUCUCCUGCAGGGUUACAGCCAGCAGCACGACAGCCUGGUGUACGUGCUGAACCGCGAGCGGCACACAGUGGGCCAGCGCACGCCGUCCAGCAAGCCCAGCAUCAGCCUGUCGGCCCCUGACAUCCUGCCCCUGCACUGCACCCUCCGGCGGUACCAGCCCCCCGAUGGACAGGCGCCGGCCCUGCUGCUGGAGCCCAUCCCUGGGGCGCCCAUCUCGGUCAACUUCAAGGAAGUGGGGCGGAACACCGUGGCCCUGCAGCAUGGUGACCUGCUCUCCCUGGGCCUCUACUACCUGCUGCUGUUCAAGGACCCAGCACAGGCCCAGCCGCUGCCCACGGGGGCCCUGGCCCGGCUCCGGGCUGCGCCACAGAACUGCAGGAUGUGUGGCACGGCCCUUAGGGCCGGGGACACCGCCUCCUCCGUGCUGGCUGGUGUGCCGCGGCGGCGACAGCUGCUCCUGGAGUUUGAGCCCGGCGUGGAGGACGCGCUGCUGCAGAGAGUCAUGACGCUGGUGGAGCCAGGGGGCGACGACUACAAGCUGACCCCUGCCUUCCUGCUCUGCCUCUGCAUCCAGCACUCGGCCACCCACUUCGAGCCAGGCACAUUUGGACAACUCCUGCUCAAGAUAGCCAAGAGGAUCCGUGAGACCGUCUGGGAGAAAACCAAAGAACUGGCAGAGAAGCAGGCACAACUCCAGGAGCCCAUCUCCUGGGCCAGCUUCACCAUGGCUGACCUGGUUCCAGACCUGCAGCACAUUCUCUUCUGGAUGUCCAACUCCAUUGAGCUCCUGUACUUCAUGCAGCAGAAAUGCCCGCUCUACAUGCAGAGCAUGGAGGAGGAGCUGGACGUCACAGGCUCCAAGGAGUCGCUCUUCUCCUGCACGCUGACGGCCAGCGAGGAGGCCAUGGCUGCGCUGGAGGAGGUGGUGCUGUACGCCUUCCAGCAGUGCGUGUACUACCUGUCCAAGUGCCUGUACGUGUGCCUCCCGGGCCUCCUGGAGUGCCCCCCGUUCCAGAUGGAGCGCCGGGAGAGCUGGCGCUCGGCCCCCGCGCUGCCCGAGGAGCUGCGGCGGGUCGUGAGCGUGUACCAGGCGGCCCUGGACCUCCUGCGGCAGCUCCAGGUGCACCCAGAGGUCGCCUCCCAGAUGCUCGCCUACCUCUUCUUCUUCUCCGGCACGCUGCUCCUCAACCAGCUCCUGGACAAGGGACCCUCCCUGAGUUGCUUCCACUGGCCCAGAGGGGUGCAGGCCUGCUCCCGCCUGCAGCAGCUCCUGGACUGGUGCAGGGGCGCCGGCCUUGGGGCCGCCGGGGAGCGCUUCUUCCGGAAGCUCUCCUGCACCCUCCACCUGCUGGCUACUCCCAGCGCUCAGCUCAUCCAGAUGAGCUGGGCCACGCUCCGGACGGCGUUCCCCGCCCUGAGCCCCGCCCAGCUGCACCGGCUGCUCACGCAGUACCAGCUGGCCUCCGCCAUGGGCCCCAUGAGUGCCUGGGAGCCGGGGGCCCAGGACAGCCCUGACACCUUCCAGGCAGCCGGGCGACGGGAGGCCAGUCAGUGUCCUCGCCCCUCCGCUGCAGAGGACGUCCUGGAGUCCUAUGAAAACCCUCCGCCCAUCGUCUUGCCGAGCGAGGGCUUCCAGGUGGACCUGGAGGCGGACUGCCCGCACGACAGUGUCUACCAGCACCUCCUGUACGUGCGCCACUUCCUGUGGGGCCUGCGGGGCCCGGCCAGUCCCGGCAGUGCGGCUGCCCAGGCCGCUGGACUUGAGGGUGUGUACCACACCAUCCCCGAGGGCUGCCCAGAGGGCCAGGGCUGCCCCCCGGCUUCCAGAGACCCAGGCAGAGGAGCCCUCGAAGCCGCCUCUGCGCACGCUCCUCCUGGUGCAGGGGCUCCCCAGACACAGGGUCCCCUGAGAAGGCAGCCCAGCCGAGGGGGUCGCAGGGCUUCUCACGCUGGCCCCCCGCACACCGACUCCUCAUGCCUGCUCACGCCCCCCAGCAGCCCGCUCGGCCUGGAGCCCGGAGGCCCCGGCUGGCCGGAACCAGGCGGAAAAGCUCUCCCAGAAGGGCAGAGGAGUGGGCUGGGCAGCCCCCCGGGUGCACUUCCAGAAGGGGACGCCGCUGCUGCCCUGGACGAGCCCCCUCUGGCCGCCUCCAGCCGCAGCUCCAGCACCGAGGACUUCUGCUACGUGUUCGCGGUGGAGCUGGAGCGUGGCCCCGCGGGCCUGGGGAUGGGCCUGAUCGACGGCAUGCACACACGCCUGGGCUCCCCGGGCCUCUUCAUCCAGACCCUGCUCCCGGGCAGCCCCGCAGCCUCUGACGGGCGGCUGUCGCUGGGAGACCGCAUCCUGGAGGUGAAUGGCAGCAGCCUGAUGGGUGUCAGCUACCUGAGAGCCGUAGACCUGAUCCGACACGGGGGCAAGAAGAUGAGGUUUCUGGUUGCCAAGUCUGAUGUGGACACAGCCAAAAAAAUCUGCUUCCGCUCGCCCCCUCCCUAGGCGGGGCUGGAAGGACGCCUGCCUGCUGCCCACCCGUCUGCCAGGUGACGCCAGCCUGCAUCCCUGCAGGUCUGUUUCUUAAGCCCCGUGUUGUUCCCGUGUGGUGGCCUCGCGUUGAGCUCACGCCUGUUCAUACUGUACGUCUUAGUGGUGUUUUAUUUAUGACAGAUGGCACUGUGGUGUUUCUUUCAGAGCUUUUACGUGUGAAGACUUUAAUGUUCAGAAGUAGAGAGUCAAUAAACUAUCUUUCAUAUUC